AUGCCUCGUGUGUCGCUUCCGCAGGUUCUUUGGCACAGCAAGGACGACAAGCACUCCGACCGUGUCUACUCAGUCGACCUGCAGCCAUUCCUCUCUGUCGCGGCACUCGCCAGCCAUCCCUCCUUCUCGACGCGGGCGGCGGCCUUCGCCGCCUCCAGCGCAGAACCCGCGACCGGCUCGCCCCUCGCGCCGCAGUCUUCCGAGGUGGAGCGCGCGCGCGACCGGGACGCCGAGCGCGAGGUCGACAGAGACCGCCCCGCCGGCCUCUCCCGCAGAGAAGAACGUGCGAGAGAAAAACGCGCAGCCACACUCGCGGCGUACAGCAGACUCGCCACUGCCGGCGCCGACGAGUUUGUGCACCUGUGGCGAUGGAGCUUCGAAGGCGCGCCUUCCUUGGCGUCGCGCAGCGGCCUGCAGAUCUCUUGCGUUGCGCGUCUCCUGGGACACGAACGCGAAGUCAACUGCGUUCGCUGGUCGCCGGAUGGCGUCUUCCUCGCCUCGGGAGGCUACGACAACGCGACUUGCAUCUGGGAGCUCGGGCAGAAACCGGAGACCGUGCCGCUGGGCUACGACUCCUCAAUGCUGGACUACGACGAGUGGUGGGCGCGCGUCUCGCUCUACAGAUGCAUUGAAGCGGUCAACUCGCUGGCGUGGUCGCCGUCGGGGCGCCAACUCGCGAUUGGCACCGAGGACGGUCGUCUAAUCGUCGUCGACGUGCAGAACGGCGUCAUGGCGAGCAAGUCGGCGCGCGUGCUCGAGGGCCACUCCAACAUGGUGCAGGGGGUCGCCUGGGACCCUCUCGACACCUUCCUCGUCUCGCAGUCUUCAGAUCAGUCCGUUCGUCUAUGGGGGCGCCGAGCUGUCUCCGGCGGGCCUGCCGCGGGCGGCGCGGGCGCGGGCCCCGGCGCGUCGGGCGCGGUUGGCGGUGCGGCGUCGGGCUCCACGACCGCGGUCGCGGCGUCGGGCGGCGCGAAGGGCCAGUGGAAAAUCGAGGCCGUUCUCAGGAACGCUCGCGACCGUGGGCUGCGCGAAAAAGAUGGAAGUGGCGGCACAAAGGAUGACGAAGAAGAUGACCCGGAGGCGCUCCUGAACAACUUGAACGCGAGUCCGUCUCCGUCUUCUUCGUCGGGCGCCGCGACGAGCCCAGCGCUUGCGAGCGCCCCGUCGAGCGCCGCGCCCGCGUCCUCGGGCGAGCGUCUCCGCCAGCAAGGGCGCUCGCUGUUCUACCCUGAGUCGCUGAUUCGCUCCUUCUUCCGUCGGCCGGACUGGUCCCCGGACGGCUCGAUCCUCGUCACGCCCGCGGGCCUGCAGUACCUCCUGGACGCCGCGGCACCGGCGGCCGCGGCGCCCGGCGCCUCGCUCGAGCCCUGCCACACGACGUACGUGUUCCACCGGAAGCUGCUGACCUUCGGGACGCCCUUCGUGACACACCGGUCCUCCGCAGGGCCGUCGCUGGCCGUCCGCUUCAACCCCGUCGCCUACCAGCCCCUGCCCUGCCCAGCCGCGCCCGCGCCUGCGUCCGCGCCGGGCGGCCAGGCGGCAGCUGCGGAGGGCGGAGACGCGGGCUGUCGGCCCCCGCCCCCGGAGGUGCGCGUCCCCAAGUCGUGGCUCUUCUCGCCCUCGCUCGAUGCCGCGCACCGCCUCGAGGUGCUCGCGCCCGGGGGCCAGACCGACGAGGAGGGCAAGCGGAAGCGCCAGGCAGACAACGCCGACGAGCAGGGACCGCCGCGCAAGUCGCCACGCGACGAAGGCGACGCCAAAGCGCCUGAAGAGGCCGCGGAGGCAGACGCCGACGCCAGCGCGUCGCCUGCCGCACCUGCAACAACCGAGGCGGAGGCCCCCGCUUCGGCGGCGGAGGCGGCAGUUUUCCCGCGUUUCGUGUACGCGGUCUGCACAUUGCAUGGGAGCGUCUUGAUCUACGACACGCAGUUCAUGGCAGGCCCGCUGGCGCAGCUGCACGGCCUCCAUCUCGCGCCCAUGACCGACGCGACCUGGAGCAGCGACGGGCGCGUCUUGGUAGCCAGCAGCAGCGACGGCUACCUCACCUUCGUCUUCUUCGAUGUCGACGAGCUGGGCAAGCCGCUGCGACCCGCGGGAUUCUUCUACCGCAAGCUCCGCGCGCCGGCGCUCCAGCCCGCCGGGCGCGCAUCUGCGGCGGCGCCAGGCGCGAGCUGGCGAGAGGACGGCGAGGGCGCGGCGGGCGGGGCAAAGGCCGAGGCCGCGGCGGGCCUCCCAGACGCGCUCGGCGCCGGGAGAGAGAGAGACAGUCCCCGCAAGGGGCUCGAGACGCCCUCGGGGGCCGGCACGGCUGCAGCGCCUCGGCGCCUCGGCGUCGUGGGGAACGCCGCAGGCAAGAGGCUGCUCGUCGUCGGCAAUGCCGCCGCCGCGGUGUUGCGGCAGAAGGAAGAAGCAUGA